GGCGCGGCGGGACGAGGUAGGUGCGGGCCGGCAGCACGCCGAGCCGCCUGCGGGGAGCCCAGGUGCGGGGUGGGGGUGCGAGGCUUCGGGGCGAGCGCGGCUGCCACCUCGGAAGGGACGGUGUCACCGACGCAGGAGAUGCUGUCGCGUCCCCCGGUUGGCGGCAGGGCUCCAGGGCUGAGCCAGGCACCAUCCAGAGCUGCUCGUGGAGCCCGUUAGCUCCUCACAGGAGUCAGACGUAUCCUAAGGAGCCAUAAAAGAGGAAUCCUGCCCAGGAGCCAGCAUGGAGCAGAAGAUCAGCUCUUUCUUUAAUUCCAUCUUGGAACUCGUCCGCACCAAGCACAAGGAGGGCGUCUUCAACACCGUCUGCCUCGCGGUGCUGCUGGGCCUGCCCUUCGUCGUCCUCAUCGCGUCCAUCUUCAUCUGCUGCCACUGCUGCAUCUCCCACUGGAGGAGACAGAGCAGGAAGAGGGACAGCCCCAGCAGCAACGGGCAGCUGCAGGCUGAGAGGAACAAGAAAAAGAAGAAGAAGAAGAAGGAUGAGGAGGACCUGUGGAUCUCAGCUCAGCCCAAGCUGCUCUUGCUGGACAAGAGGCCGUCUCUGCCUAUCUAGCAGCCAACUCUGAUGUCUUCAGUCCUUCCAGCUGUGCUACAAGGAGAUGCCCAAACUGCUGCCACUUUCUGGUGACUUCGAAAAGAGGCUGAGCCCACCAGUGGGGUAUCAGAGGGCCGGCACAGAGCAAGGCCUGUAGACAUGGGUUUAUGGCCCCCCACCAAGGUGAAACCCUCUGCAAAGGACAUAACAGACUGCUGAGCCACCAUGGGGCCACGCUCACUCUCACCUUGGAGACACAAGGCAAGCCGAGUGCAGCAUUACAGUACAGUGCAGACAUCCUGGCCCUCCAGCCCCCAAACCAAAAGCAAUACGAGUUUCGCAGGAUGCACUCAGCCCAACCUCAGAAACCUCAAGUCCCAGCCUAAGGCAGCAAAGCAGAAGGCCAUGCUGCCUCUCAGCCCAGAGGCAGGAAGGAGCCAGGAAGUUGCACGACCAGCCCUUUUAAACCAGCACCUAAAAAGUCUUCCUUAAAAGACUUCUUUUGUACAGACUUGCUUUUAAAGAGCCCCCCAUACUGCAGCAAAGGCUGCAUCACCUCUAUGCUACUGCAAGAGCAAAGACGUAAGCUGACGCUGUGUAACAGCUUAGCUAUGGCCAUUAGUGUUAUUUAUUGAAUGACUACUAAAGAGCAGGACCAAAGGCCCCUCUUCUACAGGGCUUGGCACACUGAAUUGCUAUUGGAGCAACAGACACUUUCCCAGCACAGUCCCUGUGCCACACGUGGGGGCAUGCAGAGACCCACAAGCACGCACCACUGCUGCAUGGCCAUCAGCACAGCUGGAUCUGGGACCGGACCCUGCAUUCAUCUCCCUCUCCAUCACCCUCAUCUCUCUUCCUGGCAAAGCCACCAACUCCUGGCAGUUCCUCGUGCCACCCAUCCUGGUUUGUGCAACUCCAGCAGGGUGGUGAUGCUAACAUCACGUCACGGGGCUUGGCUCCGUCUGGCUGCACCGGUGACAGCCUCAAGGCUCCUCACCACACAGGGCUUUAAAUUGCCCCCAUAUGUGCCUUAUUUUCCAGUUUACUUUGCGACCAUUGAAAUAAGCAACUCCCUCCUCCUCCAAAACAGGAAGCGACAUAUAACAGUAGAAAACUUUCAGGCUUUGCCACACGUCCCCCACCCAGGUACUCCUCCCCAGUUUUGGCCAAACCAUGCACUGAACCACUGCAUCUCGAGGCAAAAGCAAGAGAGAUGUGCCUGUUAUGGGGGUGACAGCCAUCUGAGCACAGAGGCAAGAGCAGCAUGGUACGGAAACACGGCUGCGCUCCCCCCUGCACUGCCUCCCCACAACUGCACUUCAGUAUCAGCCUUUUCCUAAAGAGCCCAUGCAACAGGAGAAAAAGAAACGAACAUUUUUCUAGCUUUUUUUUUGUUGUUGUUGUUUGUAUAAAAAUAAAUGACUCUAAAACUGCAAACCAA